AUGAGUGCCAGGCAGAUGCUGCACAGCAUGGAUGACGGCCGGGAUGGUGGCUUUGACUUCGUCGAGGAUGCGCAGGACUGUCGUGAUGCCGGCAAAGAUGAGGGUUCUGGACGGACAGAUGCUGAUGCGAACGCCGAGGCAUUCUUCAUGGCCGGUAUCGUCUGGCCCUGUCUACCUUUCUUUAGUGGUGCCAUGGCGCUCGUCGCACCCAGCCUGCCUGGACACGGUGGUCUGUUGGGCAGCAUCGGUCUGCACAAGGGCCUCUCAUGCGCAAGAAGACUUCGGAUGAGGUCUUCGGAGGCACUUGGGCAAGGUCUGGCGUGCAUCGCUUCCUGUGUUGCGCUCGCUGCCUCGGAUGGACGAGGACGAGGAGGCGACGGGAAAGCCCGGAGAUGGCGGCAAACGUCGCCAUUCACCGCUCCGAUGUCAAAGUGGCGUGGUCAGACCGGCCGGGGCAAGAAAGGACACUUCCACUUACUUGACAGAUACAUUCGGCGCAUCGAUGCCCUCCUUCCAGAGGACAUGGAGGAUCUGGUAAGGCCGCUGAGCUAUAAACCAAAUAUGGAGCAAACAACGAGGACGCUCAAGAUCACCUUCCCCGACGAAACUGUCAAGCCUGAUGGCAUCACAGAGCAGGAUGUGCGCGACUUCAUGUACCCUCUCGUGCCAGAACACUUGGCCUUGGGCUGGUAUGGAGAGGGAGGCGCGGAGGUGUAUGCGAUGUUCGAGACUAACGAGGAGUGCAGAAACGGGCGGAGGCUUGACGGCCAAAGGCUCGGUGGACACUACGCUCAAGUGCGGUUUACCGUUGACAACAAGUUUCGUCGAGUCAUGGAAGAUUUGGGCCACUGGCCCAAGAGUGGCGACCAAGAGGAGAUGCCGCCAGAAGCCGACCAGCUCGAGGUGGCGGGAUGUAGCUACUUAGCUCCCGGCGGCAGUUUGCAAAUCCCAGAAGAGCUGGUGGAAACGGGUCAGGUGCUGCAGGUCGUUCAGAGGAUUCUGGAAGAAAGCCUAGGAUCCAACAGUGCGAAGCUCAGCUCGCUACGUCAGGCAUCCACACGGAGCAGAGACACUGAAGCCUUUACUGCAGAGGUGGUGGACAGGACGCUGAGGGGCAUUCUCAGCCGCGCUGCACGCCUUGCACGGCACCGCGGACGGCCAAAGCUAGAGGAAGAUCCUGUACAGAUGGAGCUGAUGUGCAAGGUGGGGGGCAACUAUGCAGAUUGUGGAAUGGUGUCUGAGCGUCUGUGCUCGAGCUCUGUCCAGGCAGUUUGCAGGAUGUCGAGCGCCAAAGAAGUUUCCCACAGAGAGGCCUGGGAACGCAUGCUCCGAUGUGGCUUUGUUUUUGGGUUCUCGGGAUAUGACGGACUGGGCCGGAGUGGCAGUCCGGUAGCUUCCUAUGCUCCAGGUUCAGCUACUGUAGAGCUUCUCUUAUUCACUGCAUCCGUAGCCAUGCAAUUCUGCGGAGCGCUUCGCAGAAGGACACAUGCCUCCUUUCGAAGGGAGUGGCACAUCCAUGCUGCGGUCAGGAAGUAUUGGGCGAGGAAAAAUCCAAAGCGCGGAUAUGUUGCAGAGCUCCCGGACUGGCGUAACUAUCUGCCGGAGACACUCAUGAGCCGUUUCUUCUUUCAGCUCGAGAAGUGGUUGGGCAAAAGAAGUGCUUCCACCUACCCACCCAUUCUUGAUAUUUGUAACUCUGGCGGCAAAUUUGGAAUGCCAAUCCCCCGCCCGGAAAUCGUGCUGCAGAAAGGCUUCCCAAAAGGUUCUUGGGAGUGGCAGAUGCACAUGUACGGAGCAGCUUUGUACUGGCAUGUUGCCGUGACACGGGGUGAGGCUAUCACUGAUGUAAGAGAGGACCUCCUGCGAGGCAAGUCCGUUUUGGAGGUCGGCUGUAUGCGAGGUGGUGGUGCGCGAUAUUUGGCUGAAGUCGCCGAACCUGAGGAAUAUGUUGCAACGGAUGAUUCGGAAGACAAUAUCCGCCUCUGUAACAGUGUCCAUGCUCCGCUUCCUCCAAGCUUGCGCUAUGAACAAGCAGAUGCCUGCUCGCUUCAUUCAAAGUAUGGAGUCGAUGCCUUCGAUGCCCUAAUCUGUGUCGAGGCAGUGGCAGACAUUGAGGACAAAGCUGCUUUCGUAGAGUCGGCAAGGGCAGUUCUGCGGUCCGAGGGGCUUUUGCUGCUCUGCGAUGCCUUUAUGCCCCGCGGACUGCAAGACCUGAUGGACUCUUUGAAAGCUCAACACUUCGAUGUCGAGGUUUGUACUGACAUUGGUAAGUGGGUUCGUGCAACAGGCUUGUCUCCUGUGGAGAUCGGGGAGUCGCACAGUAUGUAUGGUGUGGCAGCUUGUACGUACAUGAGGAUCGUCGCUCGCAAGACGUGA